CCGUCGACUCUCGCCUUGCCGCUAACCCCGCCGCCGGCGAAUUCGUCAGCGUGCAGGGCUACAGUGUUGUUCUUCCAGAAAAACUGCAAACUGGAAAAUGGAAUGUGUACAGGUCGGCCCAUUCACCUUUAAAACUAGUUUCUCGGUUUCUGGAUCAUCCUGAAAUUGGAACAUUACACGAUAAUUUUGUGCAUGCUGUUGAGACUUUCCGAGAUUACAAGUAUUUGGGAACAAGAAUUCGUCCAGAUGGAACAAUUGGAGAGUAUAAAUGGAUGACCUACGGGGAAGCUAGUACAGAACGGUCUGCUAUAGGUUCUGGUUUAAUCUAUCACGGAAUACCAGAAGGUGCCUGUGUUGGUCUAUAUUUUAUAAACAGACCUGAGUGGAUCAUCGUGGACCAUGCCUGCUCGGCAUAUUCUUACAUAUCUGUUCCGCUCUAUGACACUCUUGGUCCUGAUGCUGUUCAAUAUAUUGUGAAUCAUGCUGCUGUACAAGUUAUUUUUUGUGUACCACAAACGUUAAGGAUUUUGUUGAGCUUCCUUAAUCAAAUUCCAUCUGUUCGUCUAAUAGUGGUAGUUGGUGGGAUCGAUGAAAACAUGCCGUCUCUUCCACCAACAACUGAAGUGGAGAUUAUUACUUACUCAACACUAUUCAGUGAGGGACAGAGAAAUAUUCAGCCAUUUCGCCCUCCAAAACCUGAAGACAUUGCGACGAUCUGCUACACAAGUGGUACAACUGGCACACCAAAGGGAGUUGUUCUGGCCCAUGAGAACUUGAUUGCCAAUGUUGCAGGAAGUAGUCUGUCUGUUGCAUUUUACCCUUCUGAUGUUUAUAUAUCCUAUCUACCUUUGGCACACAUAUAUGAGAGGGCCAACCAAGUUGCGAUGGUAUAUUUUGGUGUUGCUGUUGGUUUCUACCAGGGGGAUAAUUUGAAAUUAAUGGAUGAUCUAGCAGUUUUAAGACCGACAUUAUUUUGCAGUGUGCCUCGGUUAUAUAAUAGAAUAUAUUCUGGAAUUGUGAAUGCCGUAAAAGAAUCUGGUGGAUUGAAGCAAAAAUUAUUUAAUGCAGCGUACAAUGCCAAGAGGCAAGCAAUAGCGAAUGGAAGGAAUCCAUCUCCUAUGUGGGAUAGACUAGUAUUCAACAAACUUAAAAGUAAACUUGGAGGACGAGUUCGCUUUAUGACAUCAGGUGCCUCUCCACUGUCUUCAGAUGUCAUGGACUUCCUGAGAGUAUGCUUUGGUGGUCAAAUUAUUGAAGGUUAUGGAAUGACUGAGACAUCUUGUGUUAUAAGUACAAUGGACGAGGGCGACACAUUAAUUGGUCAUGUUGGCUCUCCAAAUCCUGCUUGUGAGAUCAAGCUUGUGGAUGUUCCUGAAAUGAAUUAUACAUCAAACGACCAACCAUAUCCUCGUGGAGAAAUUUGUGUCAGGGGACCUAUACUAUUCCGAGGCUAUUAUAAAGAUGAAGCACAAACAAAAGAGGUCAUUGAUGAGGAUGGUUGGCUGCACACUGGGGACAUAGGUUUGUGGUUGCCCGGAGGGCGUUUAAAGAUCAUAGACAGGAAAAAGAACAUUUUCAAGUUGGCGCAAGGUGAAUACAUAGCUCCCGAGAAGAUUGAGAAUGUAUAUGCCAAGUGCAAUUUCAUUUCUCAGUGCUUUAUCUAUGGUGAUAGCUUAAAUUCUUCACUGGUUGCAAUAGUUUCUGUUGAUCCAGAGGUAAUGAAGUCCUGGGCUGCCUCUCAAGGUAUUAAGUAUGAUGAUCUAGGACAGCUGUGCGCUGAUCCAAGAGCGAGGGCCGCUGUCCUGGCCGAGAUGGAUGCUGCUGGAAAGGAAGCACAGCUAAGAGGGUUUGAAUUUGCGAAAGCAGUUACUCUUGUACCAGAGCAGUUCACUUUAGAGAAUGGUCUCCUCACUCCUACGUUCAAGAUUAAGAGACCUCAGGCAAAGGCUUAUUUUGCAAAGGAAAUUGCUGAUAUGUAUGUGGAGUUGGCUAAAUCUAAUUCCAAAUUGUAAGUCGAAGAUGAUCACAAUUAUUCUGAAUAAGCUUGGUGGAAAGUGUGGACCGUGGAUAGAAGAAUGCCAUUCUUUCUUCUUCUUCUUCUUCUUCUUCUUCUUCUUCUUUGGUUUCAUAUUUAAACUUGGCGAUCGAGGGGGUUCCUUGGUGCUAAAAUCUAUGUAUUUUGUUGAAUAAUGUGCGAGUCUUCGUGUUAUUUUAGGAAAUCCAGCUGAUUUAUAUACUGAGGGGAUACCUAAAAAUAUUAGGAGAAAACUCUGUAGCAACAAUAGAUGAUGUACUUGCAAUAUUUAAUUUUAAUAAUAUUUCUUGCGGUCUUCUUUCUUGUUUCUUCUA